AUGUCGUUACCUUUCCCACAAAAGAAGUUCUCGACUCGCAAUGAAGAAGAUAGUUCCAAUGCUCUCGCUGACUUCGAUCCCUUUUCUCAAUCAUUGUUGUACACUGAUCACGAGAUACAUGCUACUUCUGAUCUCGAUAUGGAUCAGGGUUACGAUUUCUCAUAUUUUCUCGAGACACUCGGGAGAGAUGAGCACAACAUGAAUGUCGAUCAGUAUGGUCAUGAUCUUCCUAUGUCCGAUGUGUCACAAGACGUCGUCUCAUCAACUAGCGUUGAUGAUCAAGACAAUAUGACUGGAAACUUCGAGGGUUGGUCAAAUUAUCUUCUUGACCAUGCUGGUUUGAUAUAUGACGACACUGAAUAUGAUUUCUUCGAUAAGCAAAUCAUAUGA